AUGAAGGCUCCCGGGGUUGAAAGGACAACACACUUUCCACACCCUACGGGGAACUGCAUUACAGAUCGAUUCCUGGCGAGGAGUAGAACAAGCCAUGGAGUGGUUCCCAGCUACACCUCAUGUCAGUAUUGGGAUGCCCCGUUGCCUUGGUCUAUCAUCAAUGCAAAGCUAUUCCGUAAAGUAAGCAAGGGAGAUUCAAUCAAGGGCUUAGCAAGAAUCCAAGUGCGCUUAAGCUACAAUCGAGGUUCCUCUCAUGUGAUACUUGAUCCAAUGGGGCGCCUCUACUUGAACAAUCCAAAUAGCGAGGAAGCAACUGCGUGA